AUGUUUAUGCCACGCAGAAGGAUCACCUCACUUGUCCUAGCCUCGAUCCUCGUCCUCGGAGUAUGGUACGUCUACUCUCUACAAGACGUCACUUCAAACGCAACAAAGGCGAAGACUAGGCAAGGGUACAGAACAAAGGGAAAAUCCUCAACGUCAAGCUCGACCAGCUAUGGCUACAAUGAUGUUCCUUCCAAUAAUUCAAUAGAUGAGAGACCUUUUCCCCAAGGGGCCGCAAACCCGGACUCUCCAGAAGCGGUGGGACCCCCUCCAAGAUUCACAAAAGGCCAGCACACUUUCGGCACACGCAAGUUCCUCGAGCAGAAUCCGGUCAAUGACUACAAAUACUUUUCGAAAGGGUUGCCCUACAAGCUUGCACAGGUCCAGCAUGAUUUUGACGCUGAAACAGACGAGGCGAAGGCUACACGGUUGCGGAGACUGAGUGCUGUCAAGUCGAGCUUCGAGCACUCAUGGGCGGGAUACAAGGCACAUGCGUGGAUGAAAGACGAGCUGACCCCCUUGGACGGCGGGAGCGUGCAGGCUUUUGGAGGGUGGGCUGCUACAUUAGUGGAUACAUUGGAUACGCUCUGGAUUAUGGGCAUGAAAGAGGAGUUUGAUGAGGCUGUCGAUGCUGCUAAGGACAUUGAUUUCAAUUCAACGACUGACAGCAUGCUCAAUAUUUUCGAGACAACGAUCAGGUACCUUGGGGGCUUUCUUGGCGCUUAUGACCUGACUGGUGGCACAUAUCCUAUUCUCCUACAAAAAGCGACGGAGGUGGGAGAUCUACUGUAUUGCGCCUUCGAUACGCCGAAUCGUAUGCCAGUCACACGAUGGAAAUGGAAAGAGGCGCUUGAGGGAGCUCAACAAACGGCGGGCACCGCGACGCUCAUUGCUGAGAUCGGCUCCCUCACCCUGGAGUUUACACGGCUUUCCCAAUUGACGGGUAACUUGAAGUAUUACGAUGCAGUAAAGAGGAUCUUGAACGAAUUCGAGAAAUGGCAAAGCUACACCUCUUUACCAGGCUUAUGGCCAACUCUUAUGAACGCGAAGGCUCUAACUUUUCAGGACAACAGUUACACGCUUGGUAGCAUGGCGGACUCGUGGUACGAAUACCUACCAAAGCAGCACAUGCUGAUCGGUGGCCGAGACGAUGAGGACCAGCUCAAAAAAAUGUAUGAUCUCGCCAUGACCACAGCUAUCAACAACAUAUUCUUUCAACCUAUGGUACCGGACAAUAAGGACAUUCUAAUGUCGGGAGCUGUAGUAGUGGACAGCAUCACUGGAACCAGACUCAGCGCACAAGGCCAGCAUUUGGGAUGCUACAUCGGUGGUAUGGUAGGCAUUGGUGCGAAGAUCUUCGACAAGCCGGAGCAGAUGAACACGGCAAGGAAACUCGUCGAUGGCUGCAUAUGGACAUAUGACAACAUGCCUUCGGGGAUCAUGCCCGAACAAUUCUUCAUGGUGCCAUGCGAGAUGAACUCUGAUUGCCAGUGGGAUGAAAAGAAAUGGGAGGCAACGGUUCUAGAAAGAGCCAAGGGCAAGCAAGAGGGGGCGAAGAAAUCAGAACCGAUGCACAACUUCUGA